AACAAUUUGAUUCAGGAGUAAACCGUUAAUGUCUUGGCUGCACUCGGGAGAGAUCUGUAAAGAGAAAAUACACAUUAAAGGGAUGAAUUAUUGCCCUUUGGAUUUGAAAUUUUAGAUUUGCUUACUGAGAGAUUAUUCAUCGUAAAUCGAAGCCAUGGACGAUAUCGUAAUUUACAAAGGAGGAGAACAGAAGACAAUUUGCAAUUACGCGAUAAAGAUCAGCCCUAAGAUUUUCUUGCCUCCCCUCUCGGUUGAAUUUGUAUUUCUUUGGCAGGAUGUUAAUAUAUUGCUAUCUAUAGCUUUGGUAACUUGGGUUCUCACUUAGUCCCCCUACCUUGAACUCCUUUAACUAAAUCUGCAAGUCGACACAAAAUCAAUUGUUCUAUUUCCGGAGCCGAAGAGGCUAAGCAUCUAUAUGAAGAAAAAAUGUUAUUGCGUAUUUAGUAGGCGCAGUAAUAAAUUGAGUUUAUCCAAAUGCAUGUCUUAGUCUUUGCCAUUAGUGGUAACAGAAUUGGUCUAACAUGACUACAGGUAUUAUUAGUUGUUUCACUUAGCCUAAUAGCUCCAGAUUGUUUUGUUCCUCGUGUAUUUUUGCAAUUCAAUAACUUUCACCCCAUUUAUAAAAACUUUUAGCAAAGAAUCAUUCUCCUUUCCUGGAAAUAAUCCAUCUCUGAACCAAUGGUACGAUUUCGAAACUCAUAGAUCAAUCACGGCUUUAGAUUGGUGGUUGAUUGUUCAGUCAGCACUAUGGAUUCAUACCUUGGUUAUUUUCUGGUUGUUGCACGACCCGUACCCAAUCAUAUUGAAAAAAAAAAAAAGUGAAAAUUGUUUGUUUGAAUCAGCUAAUAUCAAUAGGUGUUCAAGCAAUGUCUUCUAUAUUAAGGAAACUUCCUACCAAGGAAAGACUUCAACAACUCAAAAAAUUGUCUAGUUCUAUAUUCAGUGAAACUUAUAAUCCAACCUGUAAAAGAAAUGGUGGUCAAAUCUUAAAGGCUGAAUUAAAAGGUCCUGAGGUUUUGAAAUAUUACGGUGAAAACUCAUCCAUGCCAACAUUCAAAGAUUUCAAGAAUUGGUUCCCUGAAUUGAAAUUGGUUGAUCCAAGAGAAACCCAUAGAUUGAAAUACAUUGCCAUUAGAAAAUUGAGAAAUAAAGGUGCUCCAAAGAAAAAGAGUAGUUAGAGUGGGCUAAAUCUUCCUUGUACAUAAUACAUGUUCAUAUUAAUACAAUAAUAAUACAGUUUAAACUAAUUAUCAUCCUACCAGGUGUAGGUGAUUCUAUCAAGAAAUGUUGAAAUAUGUGGCCCCACCAAGGACCUAUCCUGAUUAGAUUCGCAUUUGUACUUGCAAAAUGCCACACGUUCCACUCUAACCCCUAUUAAGAUCGUUUGACUCUCUUCUUAAGAUUAAAUGUGUCCGUAAUUGUACUGUCAUCAGCCAAAGCUGCACUCAACAAAUUUCUCUUCUUUAACACUAAUGCUUCAUUGUUCUUUCCUUCAAUAACUUGCCAAUGUACCAACUGGUCAUAAAAUACAAUGAGUUCCUUCUCAUAACUAAUUCUUGAUAUUUUGGUGAAUGACUUAAAUAUUGAUUCAAGAUUGCUCUUCGUCAUGUCGUAUAAUAAUACUUGCAGAUUGGUACAUAUAACUAUUUUGUCCUCUCUAAUCAUAACAUCAAUAAUAGGUUCAAUUGUCGUGAUUACUGUUUUCAAAUCAAACUCGAAUUGAUCUUCCUUGUAUACCACUUCAUAAUAAAGUAUCACUGAGCUAUUCAAUAUGAAAAAUGCCUUAUAAUUUUCAAUAAUAACUUGUGUGAUAGUAUGCUUGGUUGGUAGCGCAACUUGACCAAAAUGUAUGCGGUUCUCUUCUUGUUUCCAGCCUUGAAUUAAUUGAGGAAUUUCUAAAGUCACAUCCUUAACUACUCUUAACAACUUCAUGGCAACGAUCUGAACUUUAAUAUUUGCAUCAAUUAUUCUUGAAAUUAAAAAAUAUUCAGAUUCAUUAGUUGACAACCAAUUAUGAGUGAAUUUAACUGGGCUCAUUUCAGCUGGGGAGUUAUCUCUAUAUUCAAAUCCUUCAGUCGAGAAUUCAACAUCAAUAAUUGGGCGGACUCUCUUGGGUUCUGUUAUACCUAAGAAGGAGUAUACCAUUAAAUGAUACCCAAAUAAAGUUUCAUCGUCAUUAAAUACACUAAUCCAAUUACCCGACUCAGACCAAGUAAUGUGUGGGGGGGUAAUGUAUGGAUGAGAGAGUCUAAUUUUAUGUAUCAACACACUUAUUGAGCCUUGGUUGUAGAAGUGGUAUAAUAUAGGUGCGGAAUUAUAUUCCCUUGUGUUGCCGAGUAUUGACCAAAAUCUAUAAUCUUUAUUUGGUCGAAUUAUUAUGUGAUCUAUUACUGGUUUUUCAAUGGUGAAUAAGAUAUGAGUGCAAU